AUGGCGACAAUGGAUAAAGAACAGUUUAUAAAAUUAGUGAAGCACAGCAGACGUGAGCCUAUAAGUCCGGAGCAUAGACUGGUUAUUACAUUAUUCUAUUUAUCACAAGGUUGCAGUAUGCAGGUAGUUGCGUGGUCUUUUUUGAUUGGAAAAGCUAUUGCAUCUAUUAUAAUCAAGGAAACUUGUGAAGCCAUAUGGGAUGUUCUUAAUCCCAUAUAUUGCAAACAACCAACAGUGGAAGAAUGGAAAGAGAAAGCGGACGAAUUUGACAAACAAUGGAAUCUCCCUAACUGUUGCGGUGCAAUUGACGGCAAAUAUAUUACCAUUCAGACAUUGGAGCGUACGGCUCGUAAAGUGAUGGUGCAGUGUUCUCAGAAUCAGCUUUCGGACAAGAAUUGGAAUCCGGUAGGAUAA